GCGAGGUCCCGGAUCCCACAGGCAAUAGAGGGGUGCCAGGCAUACGCUGCUCAGCUGCAGCCAGAAUGGGCCCAAGGGUGUCUUCAGCAGGCUUUGUGGUCCUGGUGCUGCUCCAAUGCUGCUCUGCCUACAAGCUGGUUUGCUACUACACCAACUGGUCCCAGUACCGGGAAGGUGACGGGAGCUGCUUCCCGGACGCUAUUGACCACCGCCUCUGCACACAUAUCAUCUACAGCUUCGCCAACAUAAGCAACGAUGAGAUUGACAUCUGGGAGUGGAACGACGUGACCCUCUACGGCACGCUCAACUCGCUGAAAACCAGGAACCCCAACCUGAAGACCCUCCUGUCUGUUGGAGGAUGGAACUUUGGUUCCCAAAGAUUUUCCAGGAUAGCCUCCAGCUUCCGGAGACGCAGGACAUUCAUCAAGUCCGUGCCCAGGUUUCUGAGGACGCAUGGCUUUGAUGGGCUGGACCUGGCCUGGCUCUACCCCAAACUGAAAGACAAGAGGCAUUUUACCACCCUGAUCAAGGAAAUGAAGGCAGAGUUCACAAAGGAAGUCCAGCCGGGAACAGAGCAGCUCUUGCUCAGUGCCGCAUUGUCUGCAGGCAAAGUCGUCAUCGACAGCAGCUAUGACGUAGCCCAGAUCGCUCAGCACUUGGAUUUCAUGAGCAUAUUGGCCUACGAUUUCCAUGGAGCCUGGCGUCAGACCACAGGGCAUCACAGCCCGCUGUUCCGGGGCCAGAUGGAUGCCAGUCCUGACAGAUUCAGCAAUGUUGACUUUGCUGUGGGGUACUUGUUGAGGCUGGGGGCCCCGGCCAACAAGCUGGUGAUGGGUAUCCCCACCUUCGGGAAGAGCUUCACCCUGGCUUCUUCUGAGACCAGUGUUGGGGCCCCAAUCUCGGGGCCAGGAAUACCAGGCCGCUUCACCCAGGAGCCAGGGACCCUCGCCUACUAUGAGGUCUGUGACUUCCUCCGCAGAGCAACAGUUCACAGAAUCCUCGGUCAGCAGGUCCCCUACGCCACGAAAGGCAACCAGUGGGUGGGGUACGAUGACACGGAGAGCAUCAAGAGCAAGGUGCAGUACCUGAAAAAUAGGCAGCUGGCGGGCGCCAUGGUGUGGGCCCUGGAUUUGGAUGAUUUCCGGGGCUCCUUCUGUGGCCAGAAUCUCCGCUUCCCGCUCACCAACGCCAUCAAAGAUGCCCUCGCUGCGGCCUAGUUGCUCCUUCUGCAAUACAGCGGAGGCCACGGAGGCUCCACAUCCUCGGCUCCAGCUGCCCAGCAUCCACAUCACGUGCCCUGCUAUGUCGCCCCAGUUGAGCCUCAGUUUCCCUCCCAUGGAAGCCACGCAGACAGCACUGAGCUUGGAGCUCAGCCCCGAUGGUCAGGGAGGUAGCACGGGUCUGUGGGGUGAGCGAGGGCCUCCCACGCCGGUGCAGACACCAGACCGGAGGGGGAUGAGAGGGAAUGCUCACACUCCAGGUCCGGCCGAGGUGGUUGUUCAGCUCCUUCACCCCCAGUGCUCCGAUCAAAGGGCACCAUCUGGCAGGCUGUGACACCAUGUAGGCCCGCAUCCCAGGAGAGGCAGUGGCCAUACUAAUUAUACCCCCUGCAAAGCCCAACUUGAAACCUCCACUUAGGAACAUAAUCGUGUCUCCCAUCUCACUUCCCUUUCCUAAUUCCACAGCUGCUCAAUAAAGAACCCCAGCUCCA